ACAACCCAUGGGCGUGAAAGCACCACCCGCGGGGAGCUGCAGAACCUGUGGCUGUCAGUGUGUGCCUUGCUUAGUGUCCUGAACACCGAGCGCCACCAGUGCUAUGGCAGCCCCUCCGCAGAUUCGAGCGCUACUCUUGGCCGUCAACGAACUGCUGCGCAAUCGCCGCUACCACGCCGCGCUGGCCAUGAUUAAGGGCUUCCGGAAUGGGGCAGUUUAUGGAGCCAAAAUCCGGGCCCCGCAUGCACUGGUCAUGACCUUUCUCUUCCGGAGUGGCAGCCUUAGGAAGAAGCUGCAGGCCAUACUACAGGCCACAUACACCCAUUCCCGGAACCUGGCCUGCUUCGUGUUCAUCUACAAGGGGCUCUGUGCCCUGCAGUCCCAUGUGCAGGGUGAAACCUACCAGGCCCAUUCAUUCCUGGCUGCUGUCAUCGGGAGCUACCUGGUGUUUAGAGACAACAAUGCCAUCAAUAGCCAGAUCAGCAUGUACCUGACUUCACGUGUCCUGUUUGCCCUGUGCCGCCUGGGCGUGGAGAAGGGCUACCUCCCCGAGCCCAGAUGUGACCCGUUCCCCUGGUUCACCGGGCUGGUGUGGGGGCUGGUGAUGUGGCUGUUUGAGUACCACCAGCACACGCUGCAGCCCUCGCUGCAGUCCUCCAUGACCUACCUGUACAAGGACAGCAAUGUGUGGCAUGACGUCUCAGACUUCCUCCUCUACAACAAGAGUCCUCCUUCUCAGUAAUGCACUCCAGGGUGCUAAAGGGACCUCUAUGCUCCCCACCGAGUUGACUCAAAGCCAAGUCCAGCCAGUGGCUGAACAUCUGUUGCAUAUCUGCCAUCUUCACAGAGGAUCCCACCCUCUCAAGAACAUGGGUCUCAUUUUCAUUAUUGCAGGUUUCCAUUUGCUGAAGUAAAAUACACUGAUUUUCAAACCCCCACAGGUCCUCUUAAAUGGUGGAGCAAACAGCUGAAUCAGGCUAGGCUGGAGGGGCCAGAUCCCCACUGUACCCCCCAACUUCUAUGGGACCAGGGAAAGCCACACUUCCCUGGGGCUCAAGGGCCACCGAGCUCAGAGGAGAGCCCCAAGUCUCUUUCUGGUGGGUAUGUCCUUCAGCUGUGCCUGUAUGACAGAGGGCUCCUUGCCUGUGGCCCCGGGCUGUGAACAGUUUUUUAAAACAAAAUAAGUUCCUUGUCUGGGUGUUUCCCUACUGGCAAAGCCAUAGUGCUCCGCUGUCCAAGAGGAACACCGAGUGAGAAACAUAGAUCCCAGACAUUUUUCAAGUAGCCACAUUUUUUCUUUUUUUACAGUGGGAAGAGACAGGCGAGGUUAGGCUUAAUUACAUAUUUUAACUCAGGAUUUUUAAAGCAUUGCCAUCUCAACAUGUAGUUAAUGGAGAGACUAGUGAUAUAGCUCACUUCUUUUUUUCUUUUUUUUUUAUAUUACACUAAGUCUUCAAAGUCAAGUACAUGUUUGAUACUUGCACAAGAUCUCCAUGGACCAGCCAUGUUGUCAGAGGUCAGCGGCAACGUGUGACAAGCCACUCCCACAUUGGUCAGCAUUGGUACAGAGCACUCCUCUCGUCAGAGAAUUCUAGCAGACAGUGCAGGCAUAUGGCCAGAGAUGUGCGAUUAACCCCCCCCCCCUUUUUUUUUUUACCAGAGCACUGCUCUGCUGUGGUUUAUGGUGUUGUGGAGGAUUGAACCUGGGACUUUGGAACCUCAGAUAUGAGAGUCUCUGCAUAACUAUUAUGCUAUCUAGCCCUACCCCUUAAUUUCCCUUUCUACCACUCUGACCAUGGGAAAGAUUCUGAAGCUCUCAGAGCCUCAGUUUCUUCUAAAAUAAGGCUAAUCACAAUAAUACCCGGUGUCUGGCCUGGACUUGGGUAACUGCUGUUGCUGCUACUUAUUUACUUCCUCAGAAAGUGCCUUCUUCCUCCUGGAUGCUUUGCACAGGUUGCUUUUAAUCCAUUCAGUGACUUUGCAGGUAAGUAUGUUGAUCCCCACUUCACAGACAUGGAAACUGAGGUCAGAGAAGGGAAGAAACUUGCCCAAGAUAAUACAGCUCAUAUAUAACUAAAUUAGGGUUUGAAUCCAGAUUCCUUAGGUCUCUAAAUACAUAUAUUUCAGUGCCUUGCUUUAACUUUAGAAAAUUAAGCAGUGGGGGUUGGGUGAUACUGCCAUAGGUUAAGUGCACACGUCAGGAAGCGCAAAGACUGGAGUAAGGAUCCUGGUUUGAGCCCCUGGCUCCCCACCUGCAGGGGGGGGUGGCUUCAUGGGAAAUGAAGCAGGUCUGCAAUUGUCUAUCUUUACCCCCCAUCUUCCCCUCCUCUCUCCAUUUCUCUCUGUCCUAUCCAACAACAAUGACAUCAGUAACAACAAUAAUAACCAAAGGAAAAAAAUAGCCUGCAGGAGCAGUGGGUUAGUGGUGCAGACACUGAGCCCCAGCAAUAACCCUGGAGGCAAAAAAUAAAAAAGAAAGAAAGGAAGAAAGAAAGAAGGAAAGAAAGAGAGAGAGAGAGAGAGAGAAAGAAAACUGAACAGUGCCAUGUAAAUGUUAGCAAUAUAACAUCAGUCCAGAGGUGGACUGCAAAUUCAGAUGUCUGUGGGCUGGGAAAUGGCUCCCCCAGUAGAGCACACACUUCACCAAGAGGAUCUGAGUUUGAGCCCCCAGCCAUCAUGUGGGAGCACAGUCGUGGUGUCCCUCCUUUUCUCUGUGUAUUUCUCUUUCCCUCUCUGUCUCUUGCUCUCUUAUUUACCGGAGCUCUGAUAAACUCCAGCAUCUAGUGGUGCUGGGUGUUGAACCUGGGACCUUUGGUAACUCAGGCAUGAAAGUCUCUCUGCGGGAGUCGGUUGGUAGCGCAGUUGGUUAAGCACAGGUGGCGCAAAUGCAAGGACCUACAUAAGGAUCCCGGUUCGAGCCCCGGCUCCCCACCUGCAGGGGAGUCGCUUCACAGGCGGUGAAGCAGGUCUGCAGGUGUCUGUCUUUCUCUCCCCCUCUCUGUCUUCCCCUCCUCUCUCCGUUUCUCUCUGUUCUAUCUAACAACGACGACAUCAGUAACAACAGCAAUAACUACAACAACAAUUAAAAAAAAAAAGACAAGGGCAACAAAAGGGAAAAUAAAAUAUAAAGAAAGAAAGAAAAGAAAAGAAAAAGUCUGCUAUGAGUAGUGGGAUUGUGCAGUUACAGAGCCCCAGCAUUAAAUACCCUAGUAGCAUUAAAACAACCAAACAAAAAACACCUUUGAUGCCUACAAACACAUAUAGGACCAAUGAUGAAGUGCUUGAGAAAGGAGAGGGAGGUUGAGAGAGAAAUAAACAGAGACACUUGCAGCACAACUUCACCACUCAUGAGGAUUUCCCCCUGCAGGUGGGGACCAAGGGCUUGAACCCAGGUCCUUGUGCACUACAAAGUCUAUGCUUAAUCAGGUGCACCACCAUCUGGCCCCUAAGCUCUUUAUUUUUUCUUGAGACACCAUACUGGAUGAAUCAAACUGGUCUCUGGGAACAUUUGGUUCAUGGCCCACCAACUUGAGACUCUUGGUCUCAAAGGAAUAUUUCAGUCCCUCUUUAUAUUUUAGAAGUAACUAGAAGGAUGCAGUUGAGUUUGCUGGAGAUUUUGUUAAAGAAAAAAAGGGCAGUCAGGUGGUGGCACACCUGGUUGAGUACACAUGUUACAAUGUACAAGGACCUAGGUUCAAGGUCCCAGCCUCCACCUGCAGGGGAAAGCUUUGCAAGUGGUGAAGCAGGACUGUAGGUGUCUCUCUCCUUCUCUAUCACCCCCUUAUCUCUUGAUUUCUGACUGUCUCUAUCCAAUAAAUAAAGAUAAUAAUAAUAAAAAGAAAAAACACAUCCUGAUUCAGUGGAGUUGCGGGGGUUUUACUGUGAGUCUGUUUCUUACAGGUUCCUAUAUAGGCUGCUGCUGGUGGUAUGAGUUUGAUCCCCAACAUUGUAUGUACCAGCAUGUUGCUCUCUGGUUCUCUCUCAUAAAUAAAUAUCUAAAUUUUUAAAAGUUGUAGGGAGUGAUAUGGGGCUAGCCAUUUCCCCCUAAGACAAAUAAGUGGAGUCGCAGAACUGUUAGGUCACUGACGUGGAGUUGUGUUUAAUCCUAGCAGCAAUGUUCUCAGCCAUGUUAUACUGCCAGUUUGGAGGAAAUUAUCUUAAUUUACUUUCAAGAGGCUGAAUGAAAGCUCAAGGUUGUGGGUGGGGGAGGGUGGGAGAGUGACCUUCAGCAAGCAGCUGGUUCUUGUCAUUGUUGGGAUUUCACGCUCUGGGUUGACUUAUUUUCCCCCCAGAUAGAGAGAGACAGAGAUAGACAGGAGAGAGAAGACAGUAGCAUAGCCCGAAGCUUCCACCAGUGCAGUAGGGGACCGAUGUGUAUCAGUGUUGCAUGUUUGCCAAGCCAGGCACCCUCCCCGGUGAGCUGUCUUGCCAGCCCUGGCAAGCAGUUGUUAUGGCAGACUCGGGGGUGUCCAUCAUAUCCUCUUUAACUUUUCAGUGGACACUGUCAACUUUUCUGGCUCUCACCCCUGUGUCUUUCUGCCCGAGGGUUCUCGCCACCCACAGCUGGCCUGCAGUGCUGGACCACUGACUGAUGAUCACUCCCCCUUAUCACUGAGUGGGUGACUCUAAGGCACAGAGAUCCAACCAGCUCGGCACCCCACAGAACUGGCUGUGCACAGUGGCCAUUUGCUCCUUGUCUUUGCAUCCCUAUCUCCCAUCCUUAGCCAGGGUUUCCUGGGACCACUUCCAUAUAGACCACAUGCACUCAAGCUGUUGUCUUGGGUUCUGCUAUGGGGAAACCCACACUACAGUUAAUGUCAGCACAGCAGGGUGACAGGCAGUGUCACAUGGUGGCGAGAGAAGUGGGCUUUGCAGCCUGAGUUCUGUGGGCUUCGCCCAGUUUUCUUGGCAGUCAAUUUAGCCAUUCAGUGCCUCUUGUUUUCUUACCUGUAAAAGCAUGUAUUGUAACAUCACACACCUCAUAGGGUCAUCUGGAGGAUGAAAUGAUGUGUUGAAUAUAAAGUAAGCACUUAACAACUAUUUGUGGUUAUUACUUAUUUUAUUUAUUUAUUUUACUUAUUUUAUUUUUGCCACCUGCAUUAUUGUUGGGGCUCACCAUUCCCACCUGCCUUUUUUUUUUUUUUUUUCAUUUUAGAGGGUGAAGGACAGAGAGAGGGAAAUGGAGGCAUCUCCCUCCAGUACUGCAGCAUUGCAGCACUGCUUGACUGCUUGUGAAGCUUUGCCCCUGAAGGUGAGGACUGGGAGCUUGAACUUGGGUCCUUGUGCAUGGUAGCAUAUGUGCUCUACUAGGUGAGCUGACACAUAGUCCUGAUGUUUGCUGUUAUUAAUACACCACCAAAAAGUAAAGGGAAAUAGGGUUAUUGGAACCGAGAACCCCCUGCCCUUAGCCUGUCCUGCCCCCUAGCUGAAGGUAAAGGCUUGGCUGCCUGUUCUACCGAUGCCCCCCACGGGUACUGGGGGUUGGCCUGCUGCACCGCUGACAGUCUCUGCUCUCUAAGAAUAGGCUUCCCUCACAGAUGGCAUCUCCCUGAAUCCUGCCAGAGCAUCUGGUGCCUCCAACUGCUCACUCCGGGGAGGAAGGCAUUGUGGUCCUUGCUGAGGAGCAGCUCUCUGGCUUCUAACAGAGCUGGGAGGAGUCCAGUUCUGCCUCCCUUCCCAAAGGCCCAGAAAGAGGGCUUGCAGAGGGACCUGGCACACAGUAGGCACUUCAUAAACACUAACUCCAGUGAUCAGUACAGUAAUCUGACCAAUAUUUUUGAAGUACCUCCUACCUUAUUUCUAUGAAGUUUCGGACAUGCAAGAAUAUUAUAGAUAAUAGUCUUUAUUAAGGGAGUCAGGC